AUGGCCACCGAUUCUAACAUCAACAUCACCACGGCGUCUCUGAGAGGCAGCCCUUCGGAUCGCAUCAUCAAACCUCGUCCCCGCAAGGAUUCACUCCAGUCGAUCUCGGGUUCCGACACACAUCCCGGUCGAGUUGUGAAGCCUCGUGCGCGAAAAUCCCCGGGCUCCGGAGCCAAGAGAUCCGAACCUGCUAAGCGUAAAUUCAUCUGUUCAUUUUCCCAUUAUGGUUGCGACGUGGCGUUGAGUUCCAAGAAUGAAUGGAAACGCCAUGUCUCUAUCCAACAUCUACAGUUGGGCUUCUAUCGCUGUGAUGUCGGUUCGUGCAAUCCCGACUUGAAUCCUAACGUUCCGGGUCACAAGCGAGUCUACAAUGACUUCAACCGCAAGGACCUUUUCACUCAGCAUCAUCGGCGCAUGCACAAACCGGAAUCUGGUCCUGGUUCGGCUCCAUUCCCAUCCAACAAUGCAGACGCCAAGGAUUGGAGAGCCUUCGAGGACAGUUUGGAAGAAGUCCGCAACCGAUGCUGGAUGGAGAAGAGAAAACCUCCCCAACGAAGCACUUGUGGUUUCUGUGGCCGAGUCUUUGAAGGUGAAGGGAGCUGGAACGAACGCAUGGAGCAUGUUGGAGGUCAUUUCUCCCGUGACAUUGUAGAGGCCAAGGAAGAGAGGGAGGACGAAGAUCUCACGAAUUGGGCUCUCCAAGAAGGCAUUAUCAGAGAUGCCGGCAAUGGUCGUCAUGUUCUCGUGGAUCAGCCUCCAUCGAGCGAGAGACCCUAUCAAACCCGAGACGCCCCGCCCCGAGAUCGAGAUAUCACCAUGACGGAUCCCCCCAGCUCCGAUGGGGCCUCACACGAUCACGAACAGUCCCCGUCCCUGAGUGCCUCAUCGAGAAACAGAGAUUCAGAGAGAGAUUACUAUCAGAAAGUCGAAAGCCCUCGGGAAUCACGGCGCCUCAGCAAUGCGUUGCCGCCGAGUGCUAAUGGCACUCCUCGCGCUCCGUCCGCCCCCUUGCUGCAGCAUGUCCCUCCUGGGGGACCAACAAUUGCUCCAUCUCCUUCCAGUACUUCCGCUGCGCCCGUCCUUGCUCCAGCUCCGUCACCUAGAUCUGCUCAAGCUCAACUUCAGCCUCCACCAACCCCUCCGGAGCGACGAGGUUACAAUCUGGCACCACCCCCUUUGCAGCCAAAACAAUCACCUGGAUCAGCUUCUGCUCCGGCCGAUUCUGGAAGUGGGGACAGACUCGAGGAUUUGAUCAACCAAUUGAUUCGACCCAAACCACCCAAGACUCAUCGACGCUUGACAUGGAAGUGUGAUUGUGCUUUGGAAAUGUCGGUCGACAUUGACGAUGCAGAUAGACAGGCGAUUGAAAGCCUUCAGGACAUCAGCAUCAUCUGUAGUAAGACAUCCAACCCCUAUCUCAAAGUGGCCAAGACUGGAAAAUACCAUGUUGUUGCUUGUGACGAACUUGCUGGCUACAUCUGGAGAAAUUCAAAACAACCAGUGGAACAGCACAGUCGAGCUAGCGAGAUGACGGUCAGUUAG